GAAACAAAGAACGCCGAAAUUACGCGUUCUUCUGGGUUUUUUAUUUUUAUAUUUUCAACUUUUUUUUCUAUAUAACUAAAUCACCCAGAAACGUAAUUUCGUCUGAGUUUCAAAUUCCAAUCCCCAAUAAUAUUUCUUUCCAUAAUAAAAAGAUUCUUGUGGAUAAUCUUUUCUCUCUAAAGAAUCUCAUACCCUCACAACUUUUUAUCUUUUUUUAUCUACAUUUCAUUUUCCCUAUGGCGAUCAAGAAGAUGAAUAGUUUGAUUCCGAGCUGUUCUUCACCAGAGGAUCUCAAACGCGUCUUGCAGACGCUAGGUUCGUCCUGGGGAGACGUAGUCGACGAUCUCGAGAGACUUGAGGUUGUUCCGUUGAAAGGAGCCAUGACUAACGAGGUUUACCAGAUUAACUGGCCUACCUUAAACGGCCAAGACGCUCUUCACCGCAAAGUUCUUGUUCGGAUCUAUGGAGACGGCGUUGACCUUUUCUUUAACAGAGACGACGAGAUCAAAACCUUUGAGUGUAUGUCUCAUCAUGGUUAUGGUCCUAAGCUGCUUGGCCGUUUCUCCGAUGGGCGUCUCGAAGAGUUCAUCCACGCAAGGACUCUUUCUGCAGGUGAUCUUCGUAUAACGGAAACAUCUGACUUCAUCGCUGCGAAGCUAAGAGAGUUUCACAAGCUUGAUAUGCCUGGUCCAAAGAACGUACUCUUGUGGGAAAGGCUCAGGACUUGGGUUAAGGAAGCUAAGAAGUUGUGUUCACCAAAAGAGAUUGAUGAGUUUCGUUUGGAAGAGAUGGAAGAUGAGAUCAACUUGUUGGAAGAGAGGUUGACUAGGGAUGAUCAAGCGAUUGGUUUCUGUCACAAUGAUCUUCAGUAUGGUAACGUCAUGAUUGAUGAGGAAACCAACGCUAUUACCAUCAUAGACUAUGAGUAUUCGAGUUUCAACCCAAUUGCUUAUGACAUUGCGAACCACUUCUGUGAAAUGGCUGCUAAUUAUCAUUCAGACACUCCUCAUGUUCUGGACUACACUCUAUAUCCAGGAGAAGAAGAACGGAGGAGGUUCAUUAGCACAUACCUUGGCUCUACAGAUGCAACAAGCGAGGAAGAAGUGGAGAGACUAAUGACUGAUGCAGAGAGAUACACUUUGGCAAAUCAUAUCUUUUGGGGCUUAUGGGGAAUCAUCUCGGGGCAUGUGAACAAGAUUGAGUUUGAUUACAAGGAAUAUGCAAGGCAGAGAUUUGAACAGUACUGGCUCAGAAAGCAACUACUCCUAGAUUGACCUUAAAGGAUGAAGAAGAUUCAGAUUGAAGCAAAUUUGUAUCUCUAAAAGUUUAUACAAUUAGAUAAAAGUAAAGGAGACUUUUAGGUGACUAUUAUGCUAUUGUUACUUUUACCAAUUGCUCUGUUUUCUUCCAUUUUAUAUAGAGGUGUGUAAACUAUAGAGGUGUGUAAACUUUCAAAGCAAUGGACAUUUGGCUUUUGUUUCAAAAUAAAUAACAUACAAAUAAAACAAGAAGCACCAGUGGUCUAGUGGUAGAAUAGUACCCUGCCACGGUACAGACCCGGGUUCGAUUCCCGGCUGGUGCACAAAUUUUUGGCUCGGUUACUGUUAUUUUCAUCUUCCCCUAAACAGAAAUAAAAUGGACUAAGCGGAAACAAAAAGUAGUAGCUGGCCUUAUUCCUCUUUGUAAAUCACCUUUUACAACUUAAAAUUUUUACUGCACUUUUAAUUACACUUUGAAAACAUA